UUGGCUGAAGGAACAGUGUUUACCUUUUAACUGAUCAUGAUAACAACAAUGAUGAGAGUGAUAAGAGUACGAUGACAUUAACGAUAAAUAUUAUAAUGAUGAAACGAUAAUGAUGAGUGGUGUUGAUAAUGUUUCAUGGAGUGCAUAUGGUAUAUAAUGCACAAGGUCAUCCGAGCGGAGAAGCUUUCAUACAAAUGGAUUCGGAGAUGAGUGCAGCAACCGCUGCUGCAUUAGCUCAUAACAAAUAUAUGCAAAUAGGAAAGAAACAACGAUACAUCGAGGUGUUCCAAUGCAGCGCAGAAGAUAUAAAUUUAGUUCUGACAAAUCCGCCAUUACCACCACAAUUUAUUCUGCAGCCAAGACCACUCUUCCCACAACAAGCUGUUCAAAGUUUGGUACCAGCAAUAGUACCGCCAUUUACACCAUUGUAUUGGCCAUGUCUUAGUCCACCAGCGUCACCAUGUAUCUAUCCGCUACAAUCGCAACCUGGUCUAGUCUUGGUUACCGGACUUUGUCCAAACAUUACACCACAAGAUAUUUUCGCAUAUUUUCAAACUAAUCCGGAGGUAGCAAUUGAAAGUGUUCAAAUGUUGCGAUGGGGAACGGCACAGUAUGCAGGCGAAGCGCUGGUACGCUUCCGCUCACGACUGGAUGCAGAACGAGCUCUUGCAGAGCAUGUUGGUGCUCAACUUGGUACCAUACCAUUGAAUCUUUCACUUAUACAUACCUGA